AUUCGGCGCAUGUGACCUUUAACCUAACUAUCCUUCCUUGUCAACAUGACGCUCUUGCUUCGUUACCCUUUUUGUGGCUGAAGAUCGGAGAUGCUCUAUCAUUUGCUAAAUCAACCAUGUCUUCAAACCUGAAGAGCAAGUGCUGUAAACAGCAAGGUGGAUAUUCAGAGGAUAUUAAUAACAAUCAGAAUAAGUUGUGAAUGACCCAGUGCCUGUAGCAAUCAGCCACAUCUCAAAUGCAAGCUAUAAUAGUAAGAUGCCACUCUUUGGAGAUGAAUCCAGAAGGAUUAUUGCCAUGUGAGAAUAUCAGGGACAAUGGAUUCUAAGAAAAGGGAGAGCCAUAAACCACCGUUGGAGACGAGGGAUAGCGGCGUUUCUUGCUACACCCCGUCUCCUCCUCCCAAGAAGUCCUCUUUACUAAAGACGUCUGAAGGGAGUGCCAGGUCCAUGCAUCAUGAGGUCUGUCAUCAGCAUCCUUCCAUGGAAAGCUUUGAUCAGAAUGUUUCUAGUAAUAAUCCAGAAGAAUUUCAUGAGCAGAUGAUGAUCCCACCAAGGCUAGACCUGAGUAGCAUUAUUGGAGAUGAUUCGGAGAGUGAUGUCUCGUCAUCUGGUAUUGUAUCAACCGAUAGAACUAGUCAGUCCCAUGAUGAACAAUAUCCAGAGCUUGCCCUAGACACCCCAUCCACAGACUCUAGAAUGAGCCCAGCAGGUAGAAUACUUCAAGGUUACCAAAGUGGUAUAGAUUCCACCUCUCCAUCUCCUGCUCCAUCCAGUUCUUCCAGUCCAAGCUCGUCAGGACUCCACAACCUAAGACGAUGCAGAAGUGGUGAGUUGGAGGAUGAGAGCGAAGGCAGCGUCUUGAAAGUCAAGUUGAAGCUGAAGUCAACCCGUCCACGUUCUGGUGGUGGAGUGAGGAAGAGAGAUUUCACUGUAACUAAAGUAAGAAAUUCUCCUCCUCUGAGUUCUUCUAGUGACUUGCUACAUGAAGGAAAGGAACAAGCAUAUAAACACACCCCUGAUGAUGUCAUGAGGUCAAAGUAUGUUCCUCUUCCUGGUAUUGGUCUACAAGGAGCUGAUCAAAAUAUCAAUAAAGAACACGGAGAGACCGAACAAAAACAAUCUGUAAUCGAUAAACGUUUGAGAAGUCCAACAUUAGAAAUCACUCCAAGUGAUGAGAAGGAUAUAAGAGAGCAGAGAUUAAUAGCUUUAGAACGCUCCGCAUCACAAGGUGAAAUAAGUAGGAAGUUCCCAACGCCACCUCCUCAGUCUGCCAAAACUGUUUCAAGACGAGCGAUGAGGAUGCAACAGUUUGCCAGGAGAAAGAGUGCAAGUCAGGCUGAAUCAGUCUCAAGACAGGGUGUAAGACCAAUGUCUCAGGCAAGUGACUCCUCUAAAAGUGUACUUCUUGCCAUUCGCUUGCCCGAUGGAACCAGGGUUCAGAACCUUUUUGAUAGCACGCAAUCUUUGCAAAGUGUCGUCCAGUUUGCCCUGAAGCAAGGAACAUGUUCCCUAGAUAGGAGCAAUGUUUGUUUGGUCACCAAUGACAUGCCUAAGAGAGAGUUAAUGAAUUUAUCUCAGACAAUUGAGGUUGCUGAACUUCGUGAUAGAACCCUGUUGAAUCUUGAAGAGUUAGACUAAACUAGUUAUAUGGAUAGUUACACUGUCCAUGUACAGUAGUACCAACCAAGCAUGCAGUUCUACCAAAGGCUAAUAAGAUUUAGGGUUUCGUAGAACAAGUAUCUGUUUCUUGUUCGAUGCUUUCUGCAUUCGCUUUUUACAAGAUACUUGCCUGGAAAAAAAGAUCAAUAUGUUGGCAGAAUUGGUAUGUAUACAUGUACAUGUAUAUAUAUUUGUUGAGUUUUGUGUCGCCAGAAACUAGAGAUUUUGACUUUCCAAUGGUGUGUACAACAUGUACAUGUACAUGGCUUCUGUAAAAUCCCUUAAAAACAGCCAUUGGGUCAAAAUUGUACCUUUCCCCUUUCCAUUUAUUCACUAAUAUGUGAUUCAAAUUAAAUGUUUAACUUUCAUGGAUUGCACAAGGGGCGUGUCAAAAGGUGGGACAAGAGGCCAUAUUAAAGGGUCAUGCAGUUUAAUACGAUAUAUGCACUUUGACAUGAUAUUUUAUUUCAUCAAGGUCAUGAAUGGUUUGAUAUUGUGCAGCUGCCAAUAGAUGUCUUCCAAUCGUUCUAUUGUCAAAAGAUGCAAUUUUAGGGGAAACGGAAUGUAACAUUCUGUUACAAGUAUAUUGCUGAAGAUUAGAACUUUGUACAUGUAUGUUUGUUUGGUUUUGUAUGUCCAACUAAUUACUUAAAACCUUGCUUCUCCAUAUAAUGCUCUGUAACACUUUAUAACCAAGAUAUAUAUAACUGUAUUUCUCAUGAAAUGAGGAGCAGAUAUAAUGCAUGUUAAAGCCAUGUACAUGUAUAUCAUAACAUCAUUAAUUUGUGUGGGCCCUUCUCCCUAUAGUCUAUCUUAUUUUGUAAGUGAAAUCAGUGGUUUAAGCAGUAUGUUAGGAAUUCUGAAACGGUUCUGUAAUUUGCACUUUAUUAUUUCAUCAAUAUCCUCUGAAUUUGUGAGAAAUUUGUUAAAGAAUAUGCUGCAUGUUGCUUUUAUCUUCCUGUUGUUAACAAAAAGUGUAAAACUAGGUUAUAUUUUUAAAUGGUACAGAUGGUUAAAAAAGGAAUGCAAUAACAAAUUAGAAAGUAAUACAUUUCCUGAUGAGUUAAAAAUUAAUACCUAUUAGCAGUGGCGGAUCCAGGGGGGGG